CGCGCGCAGCUGCCUCCCGGUGCGCGGAGCUCCCGGUGCAGCCGGCUCCCCCGGCCGAGGUCGCGUCGCCAACCAGCGACCGCGGCCCCGCGCGCGCGCGCGCGCACAAAGGCUCCGACGGCGGCCGGCGCCCGCGGCGGUGGCCUUGCGCGCGCCCUAGCACAGCCCCGGGGCACCAUGCCGCGGCGCCUGCAGCAGCGGGGCGCGGGCGCCAAGGGGCCGCCGGCCCCGACCUCCCGGCGCUCGCCCCCCGCCUCCGCCCCCCGGAGCCCGCCGGCCAGCGCCGCCAAGCCGCUGCUGCGCUGGGACGAGGUGCCCGACGACUUCGUGGAGUGCUUCAUCCUGUCCGGCUACCGGCGGCUGCCGUGCACCGCGCAGGAGUGCCUGGCCUCGGUGCUGAAGCCCACCAACGAGACGCUCAACUUCUGGACGCACUUCAUCCCGCUGCUGCUGUUCCUCAGCAAGUUCUGCCGCCUGUUCUUCCUGGGCGGCAGCGACGUGCCCUUCCACCACCCCUGGCUGCUGCCGCUGUGGUGCUAUGCGUCGGGAGUGCUGCUGACCUUCGCCAUGAGCUGCACGGCGCACGUGUUCAGCUGCCUGUCGCUGCGCCUGCGCGCCGCCUUCUUCUACCUGGACUACGCUUCCAUCAGCUACUAUGGCUUUGGCAGCACCGUGGCCUACUACUACUACCUGCUGCCCAGCCUGAGCCUGCUGGACGCCAGGGUCAUGACGCCGUACGUGCAGCAGCGCCUGGGCUGGCACGUGGACUGCACCCGCCUCAUCGCGGCCUACCGCGCGCUCGUGCUGCCCGUGGCCUUCGUGCUGGCCGUGGCCUGCACCGUGGCCUGCUGCAAGAGCCGCACUGACUGGUGCUCCUACCCGUUCGCCCUGCGCACCUUCGUCUUCGUCAUGCCGCUCAGCAUGGCCUGCCCCAUUAUGCUGGAGAGCUGGCUCUUCGACCUGCGGGGCGAGAACCCCACGCUCUUCGUGCACUUCUACCGCCGCUACUUCUGGCUGGUGGUGGCGGCCUUCUUCAACGUGAGCAAGAUCCCCGAGCGCAUCCAGCCGGGGCUCUUCGACAUCAUCGGCCACAGCCACCAGCUCUUCCACAUCUUCACCUUCCUCAGCAUCUACGACCAGGUGUACUACGUGGAAGAGGGCCUGCGCCAGUUCCUGCAGGCGUCCCCGGCAGCGCCCACCUUCUCCGGCACCGUAGGCUACAUGCUGCUGCUGGUGGUUUGCCUGGGCCUGGUCAUCCGGAAGUUCCUGAACAACUCCGAAUUCUGCAGUAAAAAGUGAGCCUCCGCCCCGGAGGAGGCUGUGGUUUGCCCACCUGUUCGCGUGGAGUUUCUGUUGUUCGCUGUUGGGUUUGUUUUCAAGUCUCGUUGUUUCCUUCUUUGCUAGAGGGAGGGUGCUGCAGACCACGAGGAAAAAGGUCCGCUGCUAGUUGGGGAUCCCAGUCCACUGGCCUUUGGAAGAGGGAAAUAGGGAUGAAGUCGAAGGAAGAGAGGGCCUCUGGAAAGAAAAAUUAGGUAUUGUCUAUGAUAUCCAGGGAUUUUGCAAGGACAAUGAAGAAAAAUCACAGAUAGAACCCCAAGCAGUUGGCUUUUUUUUUUUUUAAACAGUCUUCUGUGUCCCUUAGUGAAGGCAGGUAUGCAGUAAAGAGGAUAAACACAGAUCCCUGGCUGCUGCCUCUGCGGUCCAGAAAUGCUUGGAUUUGUCAAAAGAAUGGACCUUUCUUUGCUGGGAAAUGGGCACAAAGACACAAACCCAGGGCUUAACCCGCUAGACAAUGCAUGGAAUGUGAACACAAGUUAAUUAUUUCAAAAUGUUUAUCAGAUGUUAUUUAAAUGAUAAUAUAUACAUAUAUAUAUAUACAAUGAUUUUUUUUCAUAAUUUAUCAAAGCCCGGGAGAUGCACUUGAGUCUUCUUUGUCACAUAGUUCUGAUUUUGCUGCCUUCUGCAUUGCACUCGUGAACUGGACGUUAGGACAAGCUGCUUGAGAGUUCUCGACUACAUUUUUAAACAGUGUUUUCUGAAGGCCUGUGAGUGUCAUGAUAAAACUGAAUGACUACUUAGGGACCCUGAUUAGACUAUUGGUGAGACUCCAGUGGUUCGUAGAGGUCUCCAAUUCCUACUUACUUUCAUGUAUUCCACAAAACCCACCCUGGGUUUUUGUUUGUUUUCUUUUUAAUCUGAUUCUUUCCUCUCUACUUGUUUAAGUUGCCACUGAAAUAAAUGUGCCUUUUGAAGCAAAUGCCCAAAUGACUGGUCCUCAGACACCGCCUCUUGUACUGGGAGAAGAGCGUCUUCUUUCUCUGCUUUUCUGCAAAUCCUGGUUGGACAGAAGGGAAGGAAGAUGGGCUUGGUUUUAGGUUGAUAGUGGGAGCAGAAAUAGUUUAGAGGUGUACAGAGCACAUGGCUUCUGCCAGAGUCAGCCCUCUGACAUGGCUGAGGUUCCGAGUGCAGCCUCAAGGGGUGGGAGGAGAGGAUGGUGAUGCAUGUAUCCUUGCUGAAAAUUUAAAAGGCAACCAGGAUUACGUGAGGCGGUUCUAUUAUGAAAAUUAGGAGCAUGUUGCUUAUUGCUGGCAUUUCUGAGUUAAGACUACAGUUGUUAACACCAAAGUCUCAUUUGAAUCCAGACUAUGGAAACGAUUGGCAGUCACCUCGAAAGAUUAGGAGCAUGCUCCCAGACUCUUUCAGUGACCCUGUUGGCCAGUUGUUAGAUGUUUCUUAUAAAUGUCAACCUGUCAUUAAAAAUGGCAAUUCUUCAUCACAAACCACCGAGGUAGUGUAUUUAAAUAUACCUCACACUUUCUUGGUAAGUCCUUCUGGCUAAGAGCCAACCACGUUGGUGAAAGGGAGAGUCUUGGUUUCAUGGUGUAAUUUAAGGCAAGCACAUAGGGUACGUGGACAGUUACCUCAGUACUGGUAGGAUGGUGCUCCUGGAAAGAUAGCUGUUUUGCUUUUGUUCUUAAUUGCUACUGUAUUUGUAAAUAGAGAAUCUUGGCACAAUUCCCUGGAGGAACCAAUGCCCUGUGUGUGUUCACUUGCACACCGAAGUUAAAUUCCUGUGUGUGUGUUGAAUUUAAGUCUUCUUAAUGGGAUUUAAAAUACACUUUGCACAACCCCUGAUGAAUGUCAACGUCUCAUCCUUUGAUGCGUGCUUAACCACAGAUACCGAUCCUCAUCGAGACUUAAAUCAGCACCUGUGUUCAAGGGUAACUGUGGAGACCAGGAUACAGCCACACACUUACUUGCAUGUCACUGUUGCCUCUUGUAGAGUCUCAAAGAAUGUUCAUUCAUAAACUAGAGAAGCAGGUUAGGAAUGUUUUGUAGAAUGUGGUUUGUUGUUGUGGUUUUUGUUGAACGGGACUCCUCCCCCCAAACUCACACUUUUAAAGAACUCUCAAGAGAGAGAGACAUCUGAAAGAAACUGUGACUGUAAGGACAGGCACUAAAACCCAAAAUCUGUCACUUGAGGCUGUGGUUGGAGAUCUUCAGGGUCCCCUCUUGCUAGGUGUCUUUGUCUUUAAGCAGAGGCCACUUGAGGAUAAAAUCAUACCCGAAUCAUUUUCAAGUGAUUAUGAUGCAUAAGCCAGUGAGAUGACCUGCUUUCCCAGGGAAGGCCUCCUCACCCCUUCUACUCCAGGGAGAAGGAGGAUUCACCUCCCGGCUUUUCCUUUCUCCGGCUUCCUUUCCCCCUCUUCUUGUGCCACUGGCAUUGGCAAUGGGACAUUCUAGUUGAAAACAGGGUGUCAGCUUCCUUUCCUGUUUGCGAAUAGGAACCACACACACCAAUGAAGAUCAGGGAGGCUUAACUACAUGCUGCCGACUGAAUUAUACUAUUUCUGUUAAGGCAGAUAAUGCAUUUUAGAGCAAAUAUUUAUUCAGGCUCCAUGUGCAUGGAGCUAACCAGGCUUGUUACACAUUGCAGGAGUAAGGUAAGCCAUCAGAAUGAAACUCUUCAAAAAAUAAUUUUCCAUGAUCUCCAUUUUGGCUGCACCCAUUACAUUCAGUUUUGUUGUAUUGCAUUUAACAGUUCGAAAUAUAUGACAAAUUAUGAAUGAGAAUCCACCCCGUUGUCUUCAUAUAAUCAUCUAUCUGGCAGUAAAAUUCUGAAGCACAUUAUGAAAUCCAUUUUCUUGUCAUGUGUUAGUCAUAAUCUAGGUGGCAUCUCCAGCAGCAGUCCCUCGGAGUCCUGCCUGGGAAAUGAUUAUCUGACUCUGUGCCCGGCUGCUCUGUGGGU